AACAGGCGAUCCAUCUGUCAUUAGGACUGGCACCCAUGACCUAGAGCCACCUCUUGACGGCCUGCAUCUAUCCUAGAUGUGCAUGCGGGGUUCGUUCCUCCCCGUGCACGCUCAUGUCAUUUUUUCAUUCCUCCAAAAUGUAAUGGUUCCGCCAGGAGCGGUGUCGUAGAGAGCGGCCCAUGCACUGUUUGAUUGUGCAGUACCCGGGCCGCCGCUCUGCUUCUUUCUGCGCCUGCCUCCGUAUCGCGAUUGGCGUGGCCCUAGCGCCUGUGCAGCUGACAGCACCGAACGCGCCGCCUCCUCCCUCUGCCGGGGUCUCGGCCCCUCCUCCGCCUCUACACCUGGUUGCCUAUCCCCUCGCCUCGCUUCUCCCAGGCGCCACCGUUGCGUGCCCGCUCAGCUGCGCCGCCCACCAGGCAAGGCUUGCGCGCACUCCUGAUAUUCUCCUCCAGGCCCCACAGUGCUGCGUGCUGACGCGCGCCCAGGGGGCCACAGACGAUGGCGGCUAGCUCGCUCUGCCUGACGUGCUGCCCCAAAGCUGGAGGCGGCGGGGCUUACGUAACUAAGCAUGUCUGUCUGUCCCUCGCCCAUGGAGAGUCGUACCUCCGGGAUGGCAGAACAGCUCGCUCGUGAGGAAAAAGGGCCUUGCACGAUCUGACUCCUCAGCUGGAGGUCGGGGGGCUGGCAACAGCGCACACAGGAGGCGGAGGAGGGUGGAGGAGGAGGAGGGCCGCCUGCACGCCUGCACUGUUUGACUGUGCAGUACCCGGGCCGCCGCUCUGCUUCUUUCUGCGCUGCCUCCGUAUCGCGAUUGGCGUGGCCUUAGCGCCUGUGCAGCUGACAGCACCGAACGCGCCGCCUCCUCCCUCUUCCGGGGUCUCGGCCCCUCCUCCGCCUCUACACCUGGUUGCCUAUCCCCUCGCCUCGCUUCUCCCAGGCGCCACCGUUGCGUGCCCCCUCAGCUGCGCCGCCCACCAGGCAAGGCUUGCGCGCACUCCUGAUUUUCUCGUCCAGGCCCCACAGUGCUGCGUGCUGACGCGCGCCCGGGGGGCCACAGACGAUGGCGGCCAGAAAGCUCGCUCUGCCUGACGUGCUGCCCCAAAGUUGGAGGCGGCGGGGCUUACGUAACUAAGCAUGUCUGUCUGUGCCUCGCCCAUGGAGAGUCGUACCUCCGGGAUGGCAGAACAGCUCGCUCGUGAGGAAACAGGGCCUUGCACGAUCUGACUCCUCAGCUGGAGGUCGGGGGGCUGGCAACAGCGCACACAUUUGGGCCCGCCUUCUGAGGGGGAAGUUUAUCCCCAGCUCGUACGGUUGUGGUUGUACGCUGUGAGGGGGGCCCGAUCACCAUCAUCAUCAUCAUCAUCAUCAUCAUCAUCAUCAUCAUCAUCAUCAUCAUCAUCAUCA